UCACGACGAUAAUUAUCUAAAAUUCACAUUUAACCAAGUGUUUAUAUAAACUAUAAUAAGUAUUAAUAUCACUUCAUUUGUAAAUUACAUACAAUUUAAGUCUCAAUAAAGUUCGAAUAACAGUCAGACUAUAAAAUGGCAAAAUUUAAAUUAAAGAAACCAUCUAAGCGUCAGCCAGCGCGUCUUCGUUACAAAAUAGAGAAAAAGGUUAAAGACCACAACCGAAAAUUAAAAAAGGAGGCAAAGAAGAAUCCAAAAUCUAAAAAAGCUAAGCCGAUUCAGAUUCCAAAUGAGUGUCCGUUCAAAGAAGAUAUUUUAAAGGAGGUGGAAGCUGUAAAGAAGCACAAGGAAGAAGAAAGACAGAAGAGAAGGGAAAUAGCUAAACUUGAGAAACAGAAGAAACUAGAAGAGAAGAAAGGAAACAAUGUGGAUAUGGGUACACUCGUAGCUAAUGCUCAGGCCAGAGGGAAAGUCCAUGAAGCGUUCAAAGGAAAUGAAAUUGAAACUGAUGAUGGUAUGGGUAAGGACAGACAGCAAGAGAACUCAUUGAAGACUUACUAUAGAGAGUUUAAGAAGGUCAUAACUGAAGCUGAGGUCAUUUUAGAAGUGGUGGAUGCGAGAGAUCCUCUUGGUACCCGUUGUACUCAAGUAGAAGAAGCUGUGCGAGAAUCUGGAAAGCGCCUAGUCCUAGUAUUAAAUAAAGCAGACUUAGUGCCAAGGGAAAACCUAACAGCUUGGUUGAAGUAUUUACGGAGAACAGCACCCGCAGUACCAUUUAAGGCGUCCACUCAGGACCAGCAACAUAACCUUGGUAGAAAGAAGAUGAAGCAUAUUGUAAAAGAGAAGGAGAUGAAAGGAUCAGCCUGUGUUGGUGCAGAAUUACUAAUGAGCCUACUCGGCAACUACUGUAGGAACAAGGGUAUCAAGACAUCUAUAACAGUUGGUGUGGUUGGCCUCCCUAAUGUUGGCAAGAGUUCCAUUAUCAACAGCUUGAAUAGAUCCCGCGCGUGUAAUGUUGGUAGUACUCCUGGAGUUACGAAACAAAUGCAAACCGUACAGUUAGACUCAAAGAUCAAGAUCCUCGACAGUCCAGGAAUAGUAUUCCACUCAGGGUCGGAAAGCGAUGCAACAGUAGCUCUAAAGAAUGCUAUUCGAGUGGGAGCGUUGAAGGAUCCCAUAACACCUGCUAAUGCGAUCUUACAGAGAGCUAAUAAGCACACGCUAGUGGCACUGUAUUGUAUACCGGAGUUUAGUACACCGCAAGAAUUCUACGCAAGUUUAGCAUCUCGAAUGGGUCGGUAUAAGAAGGGUGGUGUGCCCGACCAAGAUGCCGCUGCAAGAAUAUUGCUCAAUGAUUGGAAUACUGGAAAGGUCCGCUAUUUCACGGAGCCUCCAGAGACGCCGGUUUCCGAAGUGCAUGUAGAUGCUAAAAUAGUGACGUCAAUGGCGCAGGAAUUCGACAUUAAUUCCUUUGAAGCGAUGGAAACUGAGGCGAUCAAUGCACUGAAUUGUCAACCUAAUGAAGAUGCUAUUAAAAUAUCCAGCACAGGUCCAGUAACAGCCAUGGAUGAAAUGCAAAUCGAUGAAAAAGAAGGCUUAUUAUCAAAAACAGUCAAUAUUCGACCAAAACUGGAUAAAACUGGCAGGAACGCAGUUAAAGCGAAAAACGACCCUGAAAUGCAAAUAGAAGGCAACACUAAACAAAAUAAACUAAGGAAAAUGCAGUUUAAAAAGGACAAAAAGAAAAGAGCUAAAAAUGAAAAGAAAGCGGUACAAUUGGCUGAUGUUUUAGAAACUGUUACUUUGACUAAUUCAGUUAAGAAAGAUGACUACAGUUUUAAGGAGGAUUUCUCAUUGUAGUUCGGCAUAUUGUGUGCUAAGUUGAAAUAUAUUGUAUAUUUCUAUAUUGAA